GCCACCCUGUCCGCCGCGCUGUGCCACUCAGUUACGAACGCGGUCGCCGCGCUACUGCCGCGCUCUCGACCCGCCCCACACAGUACCGCGCUUGCAAUGUGUUCGGACAAACUUUAUUCUCACUUUAAAUAAAUUUUCUGUGCAAAAUGAAGAAAGAAACUUGGCUCGGUGGUCCACCACAAUGGCAUUUCCCGAGAAAUACGAGAUACCAUUGGGUGUUCCUGCUGUGGUCAGCGAGUGCUGUGCUGCUGGGGUGCAGCGGCGCUGAGAUCACGUGCCCCGACGAGUGCAGCUGCCGCAGCACGUUCGACCCCGAGGCGGGCGUCGCCGUGCGCGUGGCGUGCACGCGCGGCCACAUGCGCGCCAUCCCCGUCGACUACAUCGACCGCGACGCGCACAUCGUCGUCAUCGCCGCCCCGCCGGACAAACCCAACGAUCUCACCAUCGGACCCAUCUUCACACAACCAACCCCAUUCGUCAAUCUACGAGAACUACACAUUGUCAACUCAAAUGUUCCUUCCAUAGGCCAAUACUCCUUUUGGGGACUCCAAAAUCUUAGGUUAAUUAACCUCACUCACAAUAAUCUCACCAGCAUCGGAGCGGACAACUUUCGAGGUCUCAUAAAUCUCACCGACUUGUACCUCGAUCAUAAUAACAUAGAACAAAUGCCGAGCGAGACCUUCCGUCAUUUAACUUCAUUGAGGACAUUAACUUUGUCACACAAUCAAAUUACUACUUUGGUGCCUCGACUAUUCAGAAUGUUGGCGAAAUUAAUUGUUUUGGAUCUGAGUGAGAACCCUCUCACAGAACUGAACCCAGAAGUAUUUAAGGAUAUUCAACAUUUGCGUAUUUUCAAAUGUAGAGGAUGCCUUCUGAGGAGGGUAAAUACGCAGAUAUAUCAUUUGGCAUCCAACUUGGAGGAACUGGACUUGGGAGAAAAUCAAUUUAAAUAUCUUACAUCAGACGAAUUUAUAAGCUUAAAAAGGCUUAAAAAGUUAAGACUCGACGGCAACCAACUAUCCGUAAUCGUGGACAACAUGUUCGGGCGGAACCGCGAGCUCCGCGUGCUGUCGCUGGCACGCAACCGCCUCGCCCUGCUGGCGCCGGCCGCGCUCGCCAACCUCACCAACCUCACGCAUCUGGACAUCAGUCACAACAAAAUAGACAGAUUCCAUUUACAAACGUUCGCACCCGUCGUGGAUUGUUUGAAAACUAUUAACUUCAGUGGAAACAACUUGGCUCUUAAUGAAAUUGCCAUAUUACUGCAAAUAUUGCCAGAAAUUCAUGGCGUCGGACUGGCAAACCUCUCGCUUCCAGAUAUUCCACCGAAUUUUUUUACGUACAACGAGCACCUCGUGGCUUUAGAUAUAUCUUGGAAUAAAUUAACUAAAUUUCCAUACAAACUUCUCACAAAGACAAAGUUUUUACAGAGAUUAGAUAUAUCGCAUAACAAGUUACAAACGCUGAGUGAGCUGGAUUUGCAAAGGCUGGAAGCGAUUGCUCAAGUUAAUUUGGCAAAGAACACUUGGCGGUGCGAUCAGUGCUCAGCAGGGACCAUGCUCGUGUACAUGACUACGACAGUGUUGAACUCCACGCUGCGCCAUCUUAGAUGCUAUUCCCCUUUUCGUUUGCGCGGGGUGAGUUUCGCUGAGAUGUCGUUUGACCGCCUAGACCCAUGUCCGACUACGCACGAGGCGCAGAUGAGCGUGAUAGCGGGCCUGAUGCUGGUGUGCGUGGCCGUGCUGGCGGCGGUGGCGGGCGCGCUGUGCUGCACGCGCCGCCGCGCCGCGCACUACUACACCAACGAGGAGAAGCGGCGCGAGCACGAGCACGAGCACCCCGACGAGCUGCUGGGCCACACGGAGCUGGGCAGCGUGGCCACCAUCCACGCGCCCUACCACCUGGUGCCCAAGGGCAGCUAACGUCGCGCCCGCUCGCCGGCGCCGCCUCGCCGCCCCGCGCACCACGACGCGCACUGUGUCGCCUUCGACCUGCCGCUGCCGCUGGCCUCCAUGUCUGCCCACCACUGUGACGUCACCUCCACCCGCUACUUCCCGCAGCCCCCUCCCCCGCCGAUGUUCGACACUAAUGACAUCUGAUACGAGUACGAGUAUGAAGACGAUCUUGUGUAAAACCAAAGAACUGAACAAUAAAGUGUUUUUAGUAUAUUUCUAUCCUACUUCAAACGUAAAAUAUUUUUACUAGUUAGGCUUUGUGUAUAAAUUUCCAAAAAUAUAAUAUUUUUCUACAAAUGAAAAUUUAUACUGUACAUAUAGGUUUAUAAAACACGACCUGAUACAGGAUUAGACUUUAGGAGAGAUUUACUAAGUGAAGUGAAACAUGACUGGGGUAAGUGUUCGUUAACAAUUUGCAUUGUUUUAUUUAUGAGUGUUGCAGCCAAAUUGUUUGUUUUGCACAAGAGCUAUACAGUGUAAAGGCCGCAUCAAUGUCAAGAGCUCAGUUUCCAAUUAAAUCGUAUGUUGUUUGCUUUAUAUUGUGCAUCGCAGCAAUCAAACUGUUAACUAAGUACACAUAUCGGUUUUCACAACUAACAGCUAAUGCCUGCGGGGCUUCAGUUAUUUAAUGAAGGUGUGUAUUUCCAACGUCGUCGCUUAGAUUUUUUAAGCAUAUGCUUAAGUACAGAUUUAACUACUAUUUACAGUUCAUGUACUAGUAACGGGUGAUUUUGAAAUUACCGACAAGAAAACACAGUU